UCCGGUGGGGAACGCCCUGCCAGGGCCGGGAAGGUUAGAGGGUUCGGAGCCCUUGAGGGAAGCGGGAGGCUGCGGAGCGCUGGAGGAUCCCUCUGCCAGGCUGGCAACCAUGGAAGCGCCUCGGAUCGGGAACCCCUACCUGGAAGACCCCUUGCUCCAGGCUUACCUAAGAGCCCACCUACCUCCCCAGUUGUUUGCCGAGGUGAACCCUGACCUGGAACGGUUUGGAGAUCGUUUGAGAGAUGAAAUUCAGUUCUUGGGCCGUGAGUGUGAGCUAAACCCUCCUAGAUUAUUGCAUUUUGAUGCCUGGGGACAGCGUGUGGACCAAGUGAUCACCUGCCCAGCCUGGAAGAGGCUGAAGGACAUCUCUGCUGAGGAGAGCCUUGUGGCUGAAGGUUAUAAAAGGAGACAUUCCUGUUGGAGUCGUGUUCAUCAGAUUGCCAAGCUGUAUCUUUUUGUGUCCUGUUCUGCUAGCUAUGUAUGCCCUCUAGCCAUGACUGAUGGAGCAGCAAAAGUGAUUGAGUCUUUAGGUAUCCCCAAACCCCUGGAAGAAGCCUAUGCUCAUUUGACCUCCUGUGACCCCAAGACAUUCUGGAUUUCUGGCCAAUGGAUGACCGAACGCAAAGGCGGCUCUGACGUUGGAGGUGGAACAGAAACUGUGGCACGGGAACUUCCAGAUGGCUCCUACAGCUUGCACGGUUUCAAAUGGUUCACAUCAGCCACUGAUUCAGAUAUGGCGCUGACCCUGGCAAGGAUCGUGGGGCCAGAUGGGCAGAUAAAACAGGGCUCCAGAGGCCUUUCUCUCUUCUACCUGAAGACAUAUGAGGACGGGAAGCUGAAUGGCAUAAAAAUAGAGAGGCUGAAAGAGAAGCUGGGCACAAGGGAGAUGCCAACCGCAGAGCUGUUGCUGGAUGGAGCGCGAGCACAUCUGCAGAAACAAAAAGUCUUGAGACUUGUGAGCAAUGGUUCAGAAAACAUCAGACCUCAGAGCCUGAUCUCUGCAGAAGGCAAGGGGAUACCUUGCAUUGCCGACAUGUUAAACAUCGCUAGGAUCUAUAAUGCUGUGGCUGCAGCGGGAAUAAUGAGAAGAAUGGUCGACCUGGCACGGGAUUAUGCCACCAAAAGGGAAGCCUUUGGGAAACCUCUGAAGGAUCACCCUUUGCAUAUGCAAACUCUGGCACGGAUGGAGGUGCAAGUCCAAGGAGCGUUCCUGCUGGUGAUGGAGCUCGCGAGACUGCUUGGCCUGGAAGAAACGAAGAUGGCGACGGAGCAGGAGAAGCUCAUGCUGAGGCUGCUCACUCCUCUCGCUAAACUUUACACUGCAAAGCAGGUUGUUGCUGUGAAUUCAGAAGGCCUGGAGUGUUUCGGAGGACAGGGCUUCAUGGAAGAUACAGGCCUGCCUGUUUUGCUCCGGUCUAGCCAGGUGCUACCAAUCUGGGAGGGAACUACUAACAUCCUGUCCCUGGAUGUUCUGCGCUGCAUUCUCAAGAGCCAAGGAAAAGCGCUGGAUGUCUUUUUCUCCACUGCCCAGGCCAAAUUGGAGGCAGCUACCCGACAGUCCGAACUGCAAACUUCUGUGCAAAUAGUUCAGAAUAAUCUACAAAAACUCAAGCAGUUUGUUCCAAGAAUGGACUCGAAGGGAGAAGCUGAGUGGCAACUUGCAGUGAGAGACUUUGCCUAUACUCUGGCAUGGAUCUAUGUAGGAGUCCUUCUGCUGGAGCAGGCCGCCAGGGCUGGUGCAUCAGCCACAAAUAUCUACGCUGCUCAGAGGUGGUGUCAGGAGGACGUCUGCCUUGUGGACAGAGAAGAGAAGGCUGGUUCUUACAGCUCUAAAGCAGUCUCUCUGGAUCAAUCUUUGGUUUAUGAUGGCUAUUCUUCUCUGAGAGGAAAACUGUAGCAAAGCAUACCGAAUGUGAAAGAAGCCAGAGAAGUGUGUACGUGUGUGCCUUUAGAAGAGUGUCAAGUUUUCUUUUCAAAACAGGACUUGAAAGACAACAUUCCAGAGGUCCAUUCCAAUUAAGCACCUCUGUGGUAUGUUCCAGCUGGCUUCUGAACUCACAAACUGACUUUUCAAAUCAUUCUUUAAGGUAGAAACAAUACUGUAGGGUAGAAUGUAAUCACUCAACUUUAAAUAUAGAAUUUAAAGCAAUUUUUCACAUUUGUUGUGCUCUGAAUGUGUUAGACUUCAACUCCUAUGUCUCACUGAACAAGCUGUCCACUAGGUGAUGGUAGUUGAAGGAUAACACAUCUGAAAGGGACAGGACCUGGAAAGAUAGCACUACUUUGAUUGUAAAGCUAUACUAACAGAAUCUUGCAAUUCUGAAUAAGCUUCUUUCCCCCAACCUUGGUGUGAACCAGGAAGGGACUAGAACGAGACGUUUUCUCACAUUGCCCCCUUCUCAAGGCACUUUUUAUCUGGCCUUUGCUUUAGUAGUGCCUCAACUUCCUGUUCGUUAAAGCGAUUUCCUCUGCUCUACGGGGUGAAACAAUUAAUCCAUGCUCAGACCAAGAUAUCUUUAGGAUCCCUUCUCUAGUUUUUUCUUCCAAGUAACGAAUUUGACACUUGGCGUAAUUAAUAAACUAAUUGCUGGCAGCCUUCUGUUUAGCAUUAGAGCAAAAGAUACAAACCACAGAGUACGUUGUAAUGAAGCACUCAAAGCAGCUCAAUUUUUUUCCCCAUUUCAUUUUUGUUUUAAUUGGUACAACAAUGUGAACUAUAGUAACCAAAUGGAGACAACUGGACACCAAAUAAUAGUGCAUUUGCUCUUUUAAAAAAUUAUCGGGCUUGCCGAUACUGGACUAGACACAGUUUAGCUUGAUGCAAUAGAUCUUUUCUUGUAGGAUAUACCUUAAUUUCCAUAAAAAUAAACUUUAUUCUGACUCUUCUGCCUUAA